GGAGAGCAAGAGCCCUUCACUGAAAUCCUCCCACGAUGCUGGGGCUGCUGCUGCUGCAGGUGUUGGCCAGCUGCCUCUGGCUGGGUCACGGCGAGGUGGUGAAGUCCUUUGAAACUUCAUGUCCCCAGUUUUUUUUCCGGGAGAUCCCCCCAAACAAAGCUCUGGAGCCACAGAACCCAGCCUGGAUCUGCCAGCGCUACAAGAACCAGUAUUACUUCGCCACCCUGUACGACAGGAAGAUGCGUAUUCCUGUCUACUCUGCUUACAUCUACCAGCCUGGACCUGGCAAAAGACCUAAAACAUGGCUGGUUGAGCCUCAGCUGAUUGGUCCAGCUUAUCCCGAAACUAUGGAAAAAGAGUGGACACUCUUAAAUCGGUACAAUGUCACCUUAGAGAAACUCAGCCAGAGCCAGGCUAUCCUUCAUGACUACAAGAACCUGACGGGUUUGAACCGGGGCCAUUUGAACCCCAGUGGCCACCACGAUGACUACAGCAGCAGGGUGGCUACCUUCACCCUCACCAACAUAGUGCCCCAGGAUGAGAGACUCAACGGCGGCGCCUGGAACAACUACGAGCAGCAAACCAUGAUCAGGAGCAACCAGGGCUGUAAAACCACCUAUGCCAUCGUGGGUGCUGUGCCUGGGAACAACUACAUCGCCAAGGGGAGGGUUAAUAAACCCAGCCACCUCUGGUCAGCUGCCUGCUGCGUGGUGGACAACCACUACAUAAAGUCUUGGGCGGUCGUGGCUGAGAACGACAGGAACCAGGUCCAGCUCCUCACCCUGGGGGAGCUGGAGGACACGUUAACUGAGCUCUAUGGGAGGGGACAGGUUUCCCUGUUUGACAGUGACUGUCCCCGGGAAUAAGUCUCACAUCCUGGGUGGAACAGGUUCAGGAGCGUUUGCCACAUGUCAUAGAAUCACAGAAUGGUUUGGGUUUGAAGGAAUUUCAAAGACCAUACAUGUAGUCUCAGCUCCUGAACCAUGGGCAGGGACACCUUCCACUAUCCUUGGUGGCUCCAAGCCUGGAGCUUUUAACACUUCCAGGGAUGGAGCAGCCACAACUUCUCUGGACAACCUUUGUCAGGGCCUCACCACCCUCACAGUAAAGAAUUUCUUCUGGACAUCUAAUGUAACCCCACCUGCUUUCAGUUUACAGCCAUUCCCUCUUGUCCUGUCACUCCAUACCCUUGUCCAAAGUCCCUCUCUUUUUCAAAACCCUUUAGACACUGGAAGGGGUCCACAUUGUCCCAAGAGCCUUCUUUUCUCCAGGCUCCCUCACCCUCAGCUCUCUCACCCUCUUUCUGGAGCAGGUGUUCCCCAGCUCUUGGAGCAUGUCUGUGGCCUCCUCCAGACUCCACUCCAACAGCUUUGUCUCCUUCUUCUGUUGUGGAUCCCAGAGCUGAAGGUAGCACUGCAGCUGGGGUCUCACCAGAACAGAGUAGAGGGGGACAAAUGGACUGUAGAAGAGAACAAGACAACCCAAGCCUCCCAAAGGCCUCUCAUUCAUUUCCAGGAAGGUCUGAGAGAGCAAACUUCACAUGAUAUCUAGUUUCCAUUAGGAAGUGAGAAACCUGUCUUCAGGUCAGGAAAAUUUAUAUAUAAAAGAGUACCUUCUGCCACCUGCUUUGCUUAUAGAGUAGUUUAGGGACUAACAUAACAAUUUCCAUGCCAAGUGUGUAAUUUACUAAUAAAACCUUGUGGAACUUU